CCAUCAUCCCUGUUUGGACCUCACAUAUCAGAGUGUGCUUAUCAAUCUCAAUAACAUGUGUUACAGCAGCAUUGUUCAAACGUUAAUCGACGAAAGUAGCAGAAUCUGGGACCUAAGAGAUAAGCGGACGGAUGGGUGGCCACUAGCGAAUACUCCACAUACGCCAGUGCUCAUAUGUCUGACUUACUUGUUUGUGGUCAAAAUCCUGGGACCGAAGCUGAUGCAAAAUCGACCAGCCUACGAGUUGCGGGGUGUCCUGAUGGUUUACAACGCCUUCCAAAUCCUUUUCAACGGUUGGAUGUUCUACCACAUUUGCCGUCUGACAUGGUUCAACGGAUACAGUUUCAUUUGCCAGCCCGUGGAUUACUCCGACAACGCGGACGCUCUACAACUCAUUGUCUUGGGCUAUUACGUUUACAUUUUAAAAUUAUUUGAUUUUCUCGAUACCGUAUUUUUCGUCAUGCGCAAAAAGGAGAAUCAGAUCACUUUCUUGCACGUUUACCACCACGCUAGCAUUCCUCUGACUGUUUGGGUUGUCUUCCGAUUUGUGCCGGGCGGGCAAAGUAUUUUCAUGCCCACGUUUAAUAGCUUAGUUCAUUUCGUGAUGUACUUUUACUAUCUGAUGGCUGCGAUGGGUCCGCAGUUUCAGAAGUAUCUGUGGUGGAAGAAAUACCUGACCGUUUUCCAGAUGGUUCAGUUUAUUCUUGUUGGUUUGCACGGAUUGCAAUUGUUUUUCAUCGAGUGCGAUUUCCCCACCUUCUAUCGGUGGUUCUUCGUCGUACAGUCGAUCAUGUUUUUCAUAUUGUUUAAACGUUUCCAUUCUAGAGCGUACAAGACAAUUACAGUCGACCUAAAAAAAUUUAAUAAAAUUGCAUAAAUUAGCCCAUAACUACCAAGUCCACAAGAUAUUAUUAUUAUUGAAGAAAGCAGCUUUCGUGAAAGGAGUUAGUGUUGCGAUUUUAGUUUGUAACUUAUAGCAGAAAUUUUAAUUUAGCGUUAUAUUCAGUUUCAUUUUUAUAACUUAAUUUAUUGACAAUGUUUUUUAAGACCUUUGUUUUGUCAAAAUAACUUUCGAAUUUCGUUUCAGUGAGCAACGCUAUAUAGCUUUCCAAUAUAAGAAGAGGAAUAUGUGUGAGAAUGCGUGAAUGUGUCAGGUCUAGGGGGGUUUGCGAUGCCCUAAGCGGGGAAUCACCGUUCCCAGAAGCUUCCCAUUCCCCCCUCACCCUCUUAUUUCCCCUUGUCGUAAAGAAAAUUUCACUUGAUUGCCGUAACUUUCAGCAUACGAAAAUUUUUAUUGAAAAAAAACCACGCGGGCUCUAAUUCAAAACUGCGUCAUAUCGAUGGGCUUAUUUGUUAUAAAUACGAGUCGAAUAGGUUCUUUGCUUUUCUGUACUAUUUCAUCGGAACAGUGUAACGCAACCUGCAUCUCUCUUCUCUCUGUAUAAGAACCAAAUAUAUAAAAUCGUAUCUUAAUUUUCUGUGCAACGCUCAACUUAAUUGCACCUAUAUAAUGGGGUCCAUCGUUCAGGCUUUCAUUUUUCUGUGCCGAAGAGUCUGGGAGAUGAGAGAUAAGCGAACAGAUGGAUGGCCGCUGAUGGAACCUCCAUAUUCACCAUUCCUGAUAUGCCAAGCGUACCUGAUUCUGGUCAAAAUUAUAGGGCCGAAACUGAUGCGAAAUCGACCAGCCUACGAUCUCCGAGGAGCUCUUGUGACUUACAACGUCUUCCAAAUCAUUUUCAACGGUUGGAUAUUCUACCAAGUUUGUCGCCUUACGUGGUUCAAAGGGUACAGCCUGAUUUGCCAGCCGAUGGAUUAUUCCUACAGCGAGGAUGCUCUCCAAAUUAUCAAGACUGGAUACAUUUACGCUCUUUCGAAGCUGAUCGAUUUCCUCGACACUCUAUUCUUCGUUCUGCGGAAAAAAGAGAGCCAACUCACUUUUUAUCACAUUUACCAUCACGUGUGUAUGUUCCUGACCAUAUGGAUCGGCUUCCGAUUCAUUUCCGGCGGCCAAAGUGCUUUUCUACCCACCGUCAACACUUUGGUGAACGUUGGCGUUCACAUUUAUUACCUGAUCACAGCCAUGGGUCCGCGUUUCCGAAAAUAUCUCUGGUGGAAGAAAUAUCUCAGCGUUGUUCAAAUGCUGGAGUUUCUUUUUAUCGGUGUGCACGGGUCGCAGAUGUUGUUCGUCGAGUGCGGCUUCCCCGCUGCCGUGUCCUGGUACUAUGUCGUUCAGGUGAUCGUUUUUUUUCUACUUUUUAAAAAUGGCCAUUUGAAAUCGUAUCCACAAAAUAAGAAAGAUAUCGAUAACGAGAAAAACUUAAAUUGGGAACUAAAUUUCACUAAAUAAUCGAACUAAUGUACGGUAUGUGUUUCGAAUAUUUUUAGGCAACACUUUAUUUGCCAUCAGGCAUAUUUUUUAUUUUUAUGUUGCGUGCCUGAAGGCAUGUUUGCGUUCAUUAUUCGACAUCAAAUGGAGAUAAGAAUAUCUCGUUUAGUUGUUUCUCUUCCAAGCACUUGAGUGCUCUGAAUGUGUGACUCGAAUAGCAUUUACUUAUAAAUAAUACAAAGAACAUUUUUAUGUAAUGUAUUCAGAUGUGAGAAUAGCGAAUUGCAGAAUGGCUGUAAAAAGAAAAAAGUGGCACUUUCAUGGCAGCACUUCCGCUUUCUUUCAGCUUUCUAAAACUAUAUCAAUUCAAUCUCUCUCUCUCGAAAAAAGUUGAUCGCUUGUAGUGAUGAAUAUAUUAACUCUCUGAAAAGAAUGACAAAUGUGCAUCGUCAGCAUGGAUAUAGAAAUCCUGCGCUCUCUUCUCUUCUCGCUUCCUGAAUAUUAUGACCGUUGGCGCUUCCGUCGAUUAUAACCAUCCACACACUACAUCGUAAAGCAUUGAACUCUGUCAUAUAAAGUUGUAAACCCGCUCACGCACAUGAGAAACCCGGUCCCACAGGGCGUUGUCUUUUGGUGCCUUUACGGUGCACUGAAUCGUAGAUAUAUAGAUAGAUAUUAUAUACGUAUUACUAUGCAAUUUUAAUAGGUAGCAAGGUGGGCACAAGGCUACAAAAAUGCUCAAGUAAAAAUUUAUCCUUCGUGCGGCUAUCGUAAAAAAAAAGCGCUUGAUAAACAUUUACAGCCCCUUAUUCUUUCCUUGACAUUUGUUCUAGAGGAAUGAUAGCAGCUGACAAAUAUAUCAAUUUCAUCCUGACUUUUCAUGCAAUAAUAUCAAAUGGCUUAUUUCUUUAUCAGAGAAAAAAAAAAUACUGAAAACGAUACAACGACUGGCAUAACAGUAAAACGGGAUUCAAUUUAAUGAAUACUUCUGAAAUUUCAAAUGUACAACUGUAAGUUGAAUUGUGUCGUCGUAUAACAAUCGCACGUGUCUCUGCUUUGGAAGUUGUGAAAAUCAGCAAAGACAAAAAGACGAAACGCGUCGUGCAGCAAUAUUUUUAUUGGUCGAUUGAUCUGUUGGUUUUCAAAAUGAAAACACUCUAACCCAUUUGAUCUGAAAACAGAUUUCUUAUUUUCUUACCGUACUUACUUUGUGUAGCUCCAAAAUUAUGA